GUGGUGAGGCUCUGGAUGAGGGAGACAGAAGGUGGAGUGUAGGGUACACACGGUACAGACAUAGCGGGUCUACGGUUCUGGUUCUCCUCGGCCCGGCGGCUGACUUUAGAAGUUGUGGACCUCUGUACGGGGAAGACUACCAUCUGGACCACCGCAGGGGGAGAGGAGAGGCGAGCAGAGCCGUCUGGAAUGACAGAGGAAUAAAAGAGACCACUAAUAGCUCUAAAAGGGGGGCGACAUCGCAAACCCAGGAGGACACGGACCCGGCCAGACGACCUGAUAGAUACAGAGAAGGAGGAUCUCAGGAGGAGGCUGAUCAGAAACACCGGAGAGGAGAAGCAUUAUCAUCAGGCAGGUAUGGCAGAUGCAGAGCUGGACUUCCAGACCGGUGAUGCUGGGGCAUCCGCCACCUACCCCAUGCAGUGCUCUGCCCUGCGCAAAAAUGGUUUUGUGGUGCUGAAAGGCCGACCCUGCAAGAUUGUUGAGAUGUCCACCUCCAAGACGGGCAAGCAUGGCCACGCUAAGGUUCACUUGGUUGGUAUUGACAUCUUCUCUGGUAAGAAGUAUGAAGAUAUUUGUCCCUCCACCCACAACAUGGACGUACCUAACAUCAAGCGAAUGGAUUAUCAGCUGAUUGGGAUCCAGGAUGGCUACCUGUCCCUUCUCCAGGACAGUGGAGAGGUGAGAGAGGACCUGAAGAUCCCUGAGGGAGACCUGGGAAAAGAGAUAGAGAGCAAGCACGAAGCCGGAGAGGAGAUCCUGAUCACCGUUCUAAAUGCAAUGGACGAAGAAGCUGCAAUUGGCAUCAAAGCCUUGGGUAAAUAAGCCACUGAAGGUAAAUACAGUGCUACAGAUGUUUCAACUCGUAGCUGUUCUGUCACCCCCCACAACUACCGCCUAACCCAAGCCUGCCUGAAGAGGAGUGUGUGUUCUGUAAAAUGAUGUAUGUGCGUGUACAUUCAGGUGUUACACCAAAAGCCAGCAGCAUGUGCCAUGCCAGUGCGGUGUGUGUGAUGUCAUGUACAUGUACAGAUAUUGUUUCUGAGUGGAGCAAGGGGAAGGCAACUCCAGUCAUCAAGAUCCAAGGCGGUUGCUGAGGUUCGUUGUUUAGAUUUGACCUUCAGUAUUAUGAAAAAAGACGGCAUGCCAUUUUUUGAAAUGUCAUUUACAAUUAUGCAUAUCCACUAUACUGGAAAUGUUUUUCAUAUUAUUGCAUUGCAUCAUUUUAAUUUUUUGUGUAUAUACUGGACAUGAUAAUGAUUAGCUGAGAAUUUACGACUGACAAAUUGUAGCAAAUUCAAUGAGAGUUUUAAAAACUUUGCAUUCGUAUGAAGCAGUCGUUACUAAACAGUGUGCCGUGGAUUUGCCUACCCCUUAAAGGUCCCAUAUGGUGUGCCUUUUCAGCAAUUGAAUGCUAAUCUUGCAUGUCCACACAGUAUGUCUUUUAGUUUUCCAGUUCAAAAUACUGAAAAAUGUGGUUAAUUUUACCAUGACUGUAUAACCUCUGGUUUAGUCCAGCUCUAAGUAGACUGUUCUGAAAACCUCUGACCUGCUGCUAUUCCCACCCAUUUACUUAAGAGAACAAUCUGUGGUUGACAGAGUAAAAUUGCCAUCAUAAACUAAUUUAUUUCGGCUUCAGCUAUGGCAGAAGUAAGUUUCUUAAUAGCUUUUACUUUACAACUCCAACUUUAUAACAACCACAAAAACACCAUUAUAAAAAAAUAGAUUUUCAUCAUAUGGGACCUUUAAUAUAUUUUUGUUUGAUGUUAACACUAUUAUGAGCAUGUGUAUCAUUUUUAUGUAUGGGUUAUAAAUGAGAGCUUAUGGUUAAUAUUUUAUUUCUGAGCAAUGUUGUACUUUUACUGUAAGUUGCACUUCAUUUUACAGCCUCAUGUAGCCAGUUGCUUCCUGUAUUUCUUAGUUCCAAGGAACAGCUAGCGUUGUAAUUGUUGGGUCAGACUUUUUUUAAUGCACUUUCUCUCCUGCACUUCACCUGCAAACUGUGGGCUGUAGAAUAAAGUGUCCACGCCUAUGUUUAAAGCUGUUGGUUGUGCAAUGUUUCCUCUGCUGAAGCUAGGUAAAACACUUGCCGCAUUAAACUAUAUUCUUCUUGUGUUUA